AUGUCCAAAGCCAGCAAGCGCGGGAGGUUCGCUGAACUGCGCGCCUUGCGCCAGUCUGGCAAGAAGAAUUUUGACACGUACGAGGUCGAAGAUGCUGCGGACCUCUACGAAGAAGUCGACGAGAACCAGUACAAGAAGAUCGUUCGAGACCGCCUUAACGAAGACGACUUUGUUGUAGAUGACAACGGUGAGGGGUAUGCCGACGACGGCCGUGAAGAAUGGGACCGCGUGCAAACGUACGAUUCUGAAAGUGAUGGCGCCUUGCCAGUUCGUGGAAAGGAUCGAAAGUCCAAGAAGCAGCGGGAUGAAGAGCAGUCAAAACGAGACGCGAAUGACCGGAACAUCUCGGAGUACUUUACAAAGGGGGCUUCCAAGGCACAACCUAAGCCAAAGGUCAUCAAGACAGAAGAAGACGACAAGUUUCUGGAAGAUCUCCUCGGCGAAGUCGAUGCGAACGUCCCGGUACCCGCUCCGAGGGUGACGAAGAAGAGAGACAGGUCGGCCGAGAGGAGGAGAAACCGCGCGCUCUCCCCAGCACGAGAAUCGCGGCAGCCGGCCACCAAGAAGACCAAAAUGCUUGACGGUAGUGCAUCCUCUCCCGUGGCCACCGAUGUUGCCAUGGCCGAAGACGAUUUUGUGCCGCCCGCCGAAGAAGAUGAACUCCCUGUGCCUCUCGACGUGGACAUGAGCGACCCUGCACCCUCUUCGCCUGCAGCAAAGGUUGCUGAGCGGCGGACACAACCCAAGCCAGACACCAACGAAUACGACGACUUCGACGAUGACGAUGACGACAUGAUGGAAGUUGGCCGUACAGGUGCUGUUGCUGCUGCGAGUGUCAACCUGUCCGCCGCGCGGCAGAUCAAGAAGAUCAUCAAACCCGACCCAACACCGGUGACUUCGUCACCCGCCAAGGGUCCGGAAACGGCCGUUGACGCAUCGUCGUGGAAUGGUAUCAACGACAAGCUUAACGUCGUAAGCAGCUCGCAACCAGAGGCUAGGAGUAUGGGAAAGAUGGACUACAAAGACGCCAUCGAGCCGGAUGGCAGUCUGAACAUGUUUUGGACUGAUUAUACCGAAGUGCAUGGCAGCUUGUGUCUCUUUGGUAAGGUUCUGAACAAAAAGACCGGUCAUCAUGUCAGCUGCUUCGUGAAAGUCGACAACAUUCUCAGGAAGCUCUAUUUCUUGCCCCGCAAGCACCGGGUGCAGCGCGGUGUUAAAACCACGGAGCAGGUGGAGAUGAUGGAUGUCUACAGCGAAGUUGACACUAUCAUGACCAAGAUGAACGUCAACAUGCACAAGAUCAAGACUUGCACCCGGAAAUAUGCCUUCGAACUCCCCGACAUCCCCAAAAAGGCUCAGUACAUGAAGCUGCUCUACCCCUACACCAAGCCCGCCAUUGAGCUCGGCACGAAGGGCGAGACCUUCUCACAUGUUUUCGGCACCAAUACUUCUCUAUUCGAGCAAUUCGUGCUCUGGAAAAACGUCAUGGGUCCGUGCUGGUUGCGGAUCAAAGAUGCCGACUUUGGUGCAUUGAAGAAUGCCUCGCACUGCCGGCUCGAAGUCCUUGUCGAUAACCCAGAGAUGGUGACGGUGGUGGAAGAGAAUGAAGGCAUGGAUAUGCCUCCGCUAACCAUGAUGAGCAUCGCCCUGCGCACCAUGUUCAAUGCAAAAGACAACAAGCAGGAGAUUUUAGCCAUCAGCGCCAGGAUCUACGAGGAUGUUUCGCUCAGCGACACAACUCCGGCAGAUAAGCUGCCAUGUCGGACGUUCACCCUCGUCCGGCCACAAACAAAUGCCUUCCCUCUCGGUUUUGAGAAACUAGCCAAGGAGAGGAAGAGAGGAUCGGUCAAGCUUAUGAAGCAGGAGUCUGAUAUCCUAACCUUCUUCUUAGCCCAGGUUGAUCUUGUUGACCCGGACGUCAUUCUCGGCCACCAGCUGGAGGGCGUAGACUAUAGCAUUUUGCUGAACCGCCUCUACGAGAAAAAGACACAUCAAUGGUCUCGCCUAGGGAGGUUGAGGCGGUCCGCAUGGCCACCCUCCAUUGGCAAAGUCGGCGGCAACGUUUUUGCCGAGCGCCAGGUUAUGGCCGGUCGCCUUCUUUGCGAUCUCGCCAACGAGGCCGGCAAAUCUGUCAUGUAUCAGUGCCAGUCGUGGAGUCUGACGGAAAUGUGCAGUCGCUAUCUUGGGGGAGAUAUCCAUCGACGAGAUGUAGACAACGAGUCGGCUCUCAAAACCUGGGCUGUUUCUAAGGAGGGCCUGAUAGACUACUUGUCGCACGCCGAGGCCGACACCUACUUUAUCUCGGCCCUGGCCUUCAGGACUCAGAUCCUUCCUCUCACCAAAGUCCUCACCAACCUGGCAGGUAACUCGUGGGCGCGAACCCUUACAGGUACCCGUGCCGAGCGAAACGAGUACAUUCUUCUUCACGCAUUCCACAAGAAACGCUUCAUCUGCCCUGACAAACAGCCCUUCAAGGGGCGAGGGCGCGCCGACGAAGAAGACCAGGAGGACGGUGGCGCCGAUAGUAAGAAAAAGGACAAGUACAAGGGUGGUCUCGUUUUCGAGCCCGAAAGGGGUCUAUAUGACAAGUUUGUGCUCGUCAUGGACUUCAACUCCCUUUAUCCCUCCAUCAUCCAAGAGUACAAUAUCUGCUUUACUACCGUUGAUCGGUCGUUUGUGUCGGAUGAUGAAGAUGGAGUGCCUCCAGUUCCGGAGGACAAAGAACUUGGAAUCCUCCCGAAGCUCAUUUCUGAGCUGGUCGAUCGUCGUAGACAAGUCAAGGGCCUGAUGAAGGCCAAGGGUAUCACCCCAGAGCAACUUGCAACCUACGACAUCAAGCAACUAGCCCUAAAGUUGACGGCCAAUUCCAUGUACGGCUGUUUGGGGUAUACCAAGUCUCGGUUCUACGCCAGACCUCUUGCUGUUCUCACCACCUUUAAGGGCCGCGAGAUUCUCCGCAGCACCAAAGAUUUGGCUGAGGGCAUGUCACUGCAGGUCAUCUAUGGUGACACGGACUCCGUCAUGAUCAACGCGAAUGUGGACAAUGUAGCGGACGCGUUCAAGGUUGGCCGGGCGUUCAAAGCCGAGGUCAACAAGCGGUACAAGCGGCUCGAGAUCGAUAUCGACAAUGUUUUCCGCCGCAUCCUCCUCCAGGCCAAGAAGAAGUAUGCCGCCAUGAACCUUGUCGAGGUCGACGGAAAAUUCAUCGAGGAGAUGGAGGUCAAGGGUCUCGACAUGAAGCGCCGCGAGUAUUGUCCUUUGUCAAGGGAUAUUUCGAAGCGUAUCCUCGACGAGAUUCUUUCGGGCGAUGACAUCGAGCUAUCCAUCCAGCGCAUCCACGAAUACUUGCGUGACAUCUCAAGCAAGAUGCGCGAACAAGCGAUUGCAACAUCCAAAUACAUCAUCCUGACCCAACUCGGCAAAUCUCCCAAGGAGUAUCCCAACGCAGACAGCAUGCCUCAGGUCCAAGUUGCUCUCCGCGAACUUGCGCGUGGCAAGACGAUGCGCAAAGGCGACGUCGUUUCGUACAUCAUCACAGGCGAUAGCAAGACCACGUCAGAGCCUGCCCCAAAGCGCGCCUACACCCCACAAGACGUGCUCAAGGCCGAUUCGGGCCUGACUCCCGACGUGGAGUGGUACCUGGGCAAGCAAAUCUUCCCGCCCGUCGAGCGCCUCUGCGCGAAUAUCGUCGGCACCUCAACCGCCCAGCUGGCCGACAACCUCGGCCUCGACGUCCGGCGCUACGCCACCAACAACACCAGCAACUCUUCCAGCAGCAACCGCGACGUCGAGAUCCACCCGCUCGAGUCCCAAAUCCCCGACGCGACCCGCUUCCAAGACUGCGCGCGCCUCUCGCUGCGCUGCCGCGCCUGCAAGACCACCGCCCCCUUCGAAGGCCUGCUCGGCUCCAGCGACCGCAUCACCCCCUCGGGCGUGUCCUGCCCCCAGUGCGGCACCGUCCUCUCGACGCUCUCCAUCGUGGCGCAGGUCGAGGCGGCGGCGCGCGCCCAGACGGCGCGCUACUACGAAGGGUGGCUGGUGUGCGACGACGCGAGCUGCGGCAACCGCACGCGACAGAUCAGCGUCGCGGGCAGCCGCUGCCUGGGGCCCCGCGGCCUCGCCCGCGACUGCCAGGGCCGCAUGCGCUACGAGAUGGGCGAGAAGGCCGUCUACAACCAGCUGCUGUACUUUGCCUCGCUGUGGGACGUGGACCGCGCCAAGAAGAAGCUUGUCGCGACCGCGACUGAGGGCGGGGAGGGUGUUCCGGCCGGGGAGGCGAGGGAUAAGGUGCUUGUGCUGGCGGAGCAUAAUAAAACGAGGUUUGGGACGGUGAAGGGCGUGAUGGAUAAGUAUUUGGAGAAGUGUGGCCGGCAGUGGGUGGCCAUGGAUACCCUGUUUUCAAAGCUUGGGUUUACGGCUGCUUGA